AAAUGUAAUUAAUGCAAAAUAAGAGUAAUUUCUAAUUAUUAUGUCGUUUGAAUGCAAAAUACGUUGCGUAUCGUUUUUUGACAACGUGACCGUCACUUUGAUGACGAAAACAAAUGUGUGCAAAACGCGUUAAGUAUCUAACGUGUUAAGGAAUACACCACGCGUGCGUGGUAUUAGGUAAAUACGCAACCAAAAACACAUUAAAAAAAAAAACAUCAGUCGAUUAGAGCUGAUCCGAUCUGACCUCACACACUGAUGCUCGCUCGCGAUUGGUCGUGAUUGCGCGCUGUCGCUUUCUUCACUACUUCGUGUGUACAUAUGUUGUGUGCGUCACUUCGUACUUGUCAGGAGGAUAGAAUCGUUGUGACGGAACAGAAUGAAGAUUAACGUUUUUAUGAGAAAACAAGAACACACACGAUAUGUACCGUAAGUUACUCCAAUUGGCUGUAUCACGCUGUCGCAUCAGCAGAAUUAUAUAUAAGCAUGUACCUUGUGAAUUUUUUUAUUAGUUGCAGUGGGGUGUUCACGAAGACUAGACAGGUUGACAAGUUUUAUUAGCAAUAACCGCAUUGAACUAUGAACGAGUACGAAGAACAUCUUGACAUCACAAUAGAUGAAAAUGAAAUUAUUGAAGGUGCUAAGGACGUUAUAAAGAGAAUUAGACCAUCGUGGCCCUUGCAACAACUACAUUUUAAGCUAUUUACCGAUGGAAGAACAAAUAAAUUAGUAGGAACAUGGUGCUCGGGACAUUACGAAGAUAUGAUUUUGAUUAGGGUUUACGGCAAUAAUUCGGAUUUACUGAUCGACAGAAAGAGUGAAAUAAAUCAUAUUCGGACGUUGAACAAGGCUGGCUAUACUCACUGCAUUUACGCUACAUUUAACAACGGAUUUGCCUAUCAAUUUCUGGAAGGUGAAACCCUGACCAACGAGACGGUGAGAGAUCCGGAGGUAUAUCCGUUAAUCGCAAGGCGUAUGGCUCAGAUGCACAAGCUGCAACUUGACAACGAGUCUGCGCCGAGAGAAGCUUUCAUCUGGGACAAAAUAAAGACGUUCAUGCAAAUUAUGCCCAAAAGAUUUACCGAUUCUCUGAAACAAGCAAAGUUCGAGAUGUUGAUACCGUCGUACGCAACACUGGAGAAAGAAUAUCAGACGAUGAAGGAAACACUUUUGAAAGUAAACAGUCCCGUAGUGUACGCUCACAACGAUCUUCUAUUGGGAAAUGUGCUUUAUAAUCGGAAACAGAAGAGCGUUGUCUUUAUCGAUUACGAGUACACCGCAUUCAACUAUCAGGCGUUCGAUAUUAUUAAUCACUUUACUGAAUUUUCUGGUUUUGACGAGCCGGAUUAUUCCUUGUAUCCGGAUGAAACUUUCCAGAAAGCGUGGUUAAGCGAAUACCUGCGAGCGUACAACGCGACGAGUAACGUGUCCGAGAAAGAAAUUAACAAGUUGUACUGGCAAGUAACCAAAUUCGCUUCCUUACCUCACUUCUUUUGGGGCUGCUGGUCCCUCAUUCAGAGCGAACAUUCGAACAUUGACUUUGACUUUUUGGAAUAUGCUGCGAUACGUUUCAACGAGUGCUUUAAAUUGAAGAAAGAAACGUUACACUUGGAACUAGAAUGUAACGAAUAAAGAAGAGAAAAUGCACGGAGCAUUUGCAAAAAUUUUUAUUCCAAAUAGGACAUUUCAAAUAACGUUACCUGAUAUACUGUAAUAGUUAGAAUGAUGUUGUACAAUUUAUAAUGUUUAUAAUAUUUGUAUACUAUGUAGAUAACAUAUCUUGAUGUCACCACCUGUAUAAUACUGUUGCGUGUGAC